GAGAAAACCCGAGUGAAUCCCUAAAACCCGUGUAAACUUAUCAAGCUUACUCACCGUGAAGAAGAGACACUCUCAGUCAAUGGCGGCAUCAGGCGGAGGAGGAGGAGGCGUGGAGUGGCACGUGCGUCCCCCUAACCCCAAGAACCCAGUCGUCUUCUUCGACAUCACCAUCGGUACCAUCCCCGCCGGCCGCAUCAAGAUGGAGCUCUUCGCCGACAUCGUCCCCAAAACCGCCGAAAACUUCAGGCAACUCUGCACCGGCGAGUACAGAAAAGCUGGAUUGCCAGUUGGAUUCAAGGGGUGCCAGUUCCACAGGGUCAUUAAGGAUUUCAUGAUUCAAGCUGGGGAUUUUCUUAAGGGUGAUGGCAGCGGAUGUGUUUCCAUUUACGGACAUAAGUUUGAUGAUGAGAAUUUCGAUGCCAAACACACUGGUCCUGGACUCUUGUCAAUGGCAAAUAGUGGACCAAAUACCAAUGGGUGCCAGUUCUUUAUAACUUGCGCAAAAUGUGACUGGCUUGACAAUAAGCAUGUUGUUUUUGGGAGAGUACUUGGAGAUGGACUUUUGGUUGUUAGGAAGAUUGAGAAUGUCGCUACAGGACCCAAUAAUCGCCCUAAACUAGCAUGUGUUAUUUCUGAAUGUGGGGAGAUGUAAAUCCCAAGUUUAGGAGGCAGCUCUCUUGUAAGAACUUUUGUAAUCAAUAGAAUCUUAAUUUUAACUAGAAACAGAAAUAUUCCAUAUUAGUUUUCCGAGCAUAUUUACUACAUGUAAAAUUUGACUUCUAUUCUUGACAAAGUUGGAUCGUUCAUAUCAAAUCUGAUGUGCAUUAUUUCAUU